AUGAAGGCCUCAAUCUUAUCGGCGGCUGGCCUUUUGCCUCUGGCUCUCGCCACAGUGGUGCCCAAGUCGACCAAGGUCGACUACACCGGCUUCAAGGGUCUCCGAGUCAUACUACCUGAGGAUGCCGAGGGCGUCGCGGACCAGAUCAAUGAGCUCGCUGCGACGAUCCUCAACCCGGGCUCCAAGGCUCAACUCGAUGUCGUUGCCUCACCUGACGUCGUCGAUGCCAUCUCCCAGCUGGCCGUGAACACCACCGUUCUCGUCGAAGAUGUCGGUGCUGCUUUCGCCGAGGAGGAGACUUCUACCGUCUAUGCCGUCCCCAGCGAGACGUGGUUUACCGCUUACCACAGCUAUGCGGACCACCUCCAGUUCCUCAGAGACCUUCAAUCCAGCUUUCCUAGUCAAUCCGAGAUUCUCACUGCCGGAACCUCAUUCCAAGGUCGUGCUCUGACCGGUAUCCACAUCUGGGGAAGCGGAGGAAAGGGCUCCAAGCCGGCUGUCAUCUUCCACGGCACCGUUCACGCUCGCGAGUGGAUUAGCACCAUGACUACCGAGUACAUGGCCUGGCAGCUUCUGACCAAGUACUCUACCGAUUCCGCGGUCAAGGCUCUUGUAGACAAGUUCGACUUCUAUAUCACCCCAGUUGUCAAUCCUGACGGUUUUGUCUACACUCAGUCGACUGACCGCCUGUGGCGCAAGAACCGUCAGACACAGUCUGGCAGUACCUGCGUCGGCCGUGAUCCGAACCGCAACUGGCCCUACAAGUGGGAGGUCACUGGCGGAGCCUCUACCAGCCCCUGCUCCGAAACCUACAAGGGAGCUGCGCCUGCGGAUACUCCCGAGAUCAAGGGUCUGAAGGCCCAGGUUGACUCCCUCAGCGCCAGCAGGGGUAUUCAGUUCUACAUUGACUUCCACUCCUACGGACAGUACAUUCUCUGGCCCUACGGAUACGACUGCAACUACGUCGCUCCCGAUGAUGCUGCCCUUCAGACCAUGGCUCAGCGCGGUGCCACUGGCAUCCGCGGGGUCUCUGGCACUUCGUACACCAUUGGUAAUGCCUGCAGAGCUCUCUAUGCUACCACCGGCGACUCAACCGACUACAUCCAUGGUGUCGCCAAAUCCAAGUACACUUACACCUUGGAGCUUCGCGAUAGGGGUACGUACGGCUUCAGUCUUCCUGCCAGUCAGAUCCAGGCUACCGUUAGGGAAACUUGGGCUGGCGUUGUGGCCAUGUUGCAGGCUGCUUGA